AUGGCAACCCUACUACAAGGUGCAAUGGAGACUCAAAUCAAAGAUGGGAUGUGGUACUUAGACACAGGUGCCACAAAUCACAUGACUGGAGAUCGAAAUCUAUUUUAUGAACUCACUGAAUCACCCGGAAGAGUAGUGAAAUUCGGUGACGGCUCCAAUAUCGACAUAUUAGACAAAGGCAGCAUUCUAGUAAGUUGUCAAGACGGAAGUAAGUUGACCCUCAACAAUGUACUAUAUGCUCCUAGACUCAAGACUCACAUUCUUAGCCUCGACCACUUAGAUGAUUAAUGAGUCAAAAUUGAGAUGGAAUCAGACUAUCUACAAUCCUCGAUCAACAAAGAAGACUUUUAGUACGGGUAAAUUGAAACUGAUAAUUAAUUAUCAUUUUCUUGUCUCAAAAGAAGAUAAGACCGAGUGGAUUUAACAUCGGAGGUAUGGCCACCUUAAUUUCAACUCUCUAAAGUCCCUUCCCAAUGUUGUGUUGCCUCCACUUCAAAUGCUCAAGAGUGUAUGUCGAGAUUGUAUAGCUUCUAAACAUCCUCGACAUACCUUUUCCUCUACUUCACUAUUCAGAGCUAACACUCCAUUAGAGCUGAUUUAUGGAGAUCUUUGUGGCCCGAUCGUGCCAAGCACAUACAGAGGUAAUCGAUAUUUCUUCCUAAUUAUAGAUGAUUAUUCCUGAUUAAUAUGGGUUGCUUUUUUGUAGUAGAAGAGGGAAGCUCUUCAGACAUUUGUGAGAUUUAAAACCAUGAUUGAGACAGAGAAGAAAGUCAAAAUCAGUAUUUUCUGAACUAAUAGAGGGGGGGAAUUUAAUUCUAUGGAAUUUGAUUAUUUCUAUUCUCAACAUGGAAUCAAAUGACAUCUCAUAACCCCCUACUCACCUUAACAAAAUGAAAUUGUUGAGAGAAAGAAUAGAACCAUAAAGGAAAUAGUUCGAUGUAUGUUGAGAAGCAAGUAUUUACCACCUGAGCUAUGGGGCGAAGUCGUGAACACAAGCAUCUACAUCCUUAAUCGAUCACCUACAAAGAACCUCAAUGGAGUCGCACCAUAUGAAGUUUAGAGUGGAUCUAAACCAAAUGUGGCACACUUUAGAGUGUUUGGUUCACUAGCUCAUGUAAAGAUACUUAGACAACACUUGACCAAGCUACAAGACAGAAGUAAACCUAUGGUAUUCAUUGGAUACGAAGUGGGGACUAAACCUUAUAGAUGUUUCGAUCAUCAAGAAAAUAAAGUUCACAUCAGUCGCGAUGUGAUUUUUGAAGAAGAUAGUCAAUGGGAGCGGAAUUCUUCUAAGAAAAAAUGAUGAAAUAAUUUGAGAUGUGUGAUCUAGGCCUUCCUACCUCUUAUCUGGGAUUGAAGUAGAACAAUUCGGAGAUAUGAUCAGAUUAAAGUAACAAAGUUAUGCUCUGCGAAUACUUGAACAUUCUGGAAUGCAAGAAUGCAAUCUUGCUGUCACAUCACUUAAAGCUCGUUUCAAGUUCAGUAAUGAAGACAAGUGUCAAUAA